GGGCAAGGAAGCAGUUGUGUGUCACCGAGGCAGUUUACGGCUCUUAUAUGGUGAUCAGAGCUGCUAGGGAGAGGAUCUCUGAAGGAUGGUCCAGGCUAGUGGUCAGAUCCACAAUUAAGGCUUUCAGCAGCCCAGAGAUUUGGGACGCGCCGGGUGGCCAGCGGUACUGGGGACUCCCUGACAGCCUAGGCCCCGCCUCACUGUCUAGAGGUGGGGUGAGGGUACAUACUUUUCAAGCUUUAGAAGCUUGGAAUUUGGUUGGAUGACAGCGAGAGCCGCCUGUGAGGAACCCUGUGAGGACCAGUCCCCACUCCGAGAUGGCGCUCCCUGCGCCUGGGCGGAGCUGGGCUCCAGAUGUCUGGGCUCACACAGCUGGAGGAUCACGUGGCAGGGCCCGGGCCCCCUUCCUGCCAACGCUGCAUUUGGCUCAGGCUCGGCCCAUGGCCGCCCUUGGGACCCUGCGGUGAGCCCCCCGAGGCACGGGCUUUCCGGGGCCCGCGCCCCUCUCGAGGGACUGAACCGCGACGGGGCGGCCCCGACCACCAGGGCGCCUGCGGCGCGGGGGCUGCCAGCGCUGAGGCCCGCCCUAGGUCCCCGAGACCCCCAGGUACUCGACGCCGGCGCCGCCCCGCCCGCCUACGAGGGGGACACACCGGCGCCGCCCACGCCCACGGGCCCGUUCGACUUCGGCCGGUACUUGCGUGCCAAGGACCAGCGGCGCUUCCCGCUGCUCAUCAACCAGCCGCACAAGUGCCGCGGCGGCGGCGACGGCGCGCCUGGCCGCGGACCCGACCUGCUCAUCGCGGUCAAGUCGGUGGCGGGCGACUUCGAAAGGCGCCAAGCGGUACGCCAGACGUGGGGUGCUGAGGGCCGCGUGCAGGGGGCGCUCGUGCGCAGAGUGUUCUUGCUGGGUGUGCCCAGGGGCUCGGGCACCGGAGCUUCGGCCGUGGAGGGCGGGACCCAGGCGCACUGGCGUGCGCUGCUGGCGGCCGAGAGCCGUGCCUACUCAGACAUCCUGCUGUGGGCUUUCGAGGACACCUUCUUCAACCUAACGCUGAAGGAGAUCCACUUUCUGUCCUGGGCCUCAGCCUUUUGUCCAGACGUGCGCUUCGUUUUUAAGGGUGAUGCGGAUGUGUUCGUGCAUGUAAGGAACCUGCUUCAGUUCCUGGAAUCGAGGGACCCCGCGCAAGACCUGCUCGCAGGGGACGUGAUUGUGCAGGCCAGGCCAAUCCGCAGGAGGACCAGCAAGUACUAUAUACCCGAGGCUGUGUACGGCCUUCCGGUUUACCCGGCCUACGCUGGAGGUGGUGGCUUCGUUCUUUCUGGAGCCACACUGCGCCGUCUGGCUGAUGCCUGCUCACAGGUUGAACUCUUUCCUAUAGAUGAUGUCUUUCUAGGUAUGUGCCUACAGCGGCUGCGGCUCACACCCGAGCCUCAUCCGGCCUUCCGUACCUUUGGCAUCUCCCAGCCUUCAGCUGCACCACAUCUUCGCACUUUUGAUCCGUGCUUCUACAGAGAACUGGUGGUAGUGCACGGGCUGUCAGCUGCUGACAUCUGGCUUAUGUGGCGCCUGCUGCACGGCCCUCCAAGUCCAGCCUGUGCACACCCACAGCCUGCGGUUGCAGGGCCCUUCCAAUGGAACUCUUAAGCUACCCAUCACAGCUAGCUUUUCAUCCAUUCUCCAUGCCAGGACAGGAGGAGCUUAAGGAGUCUCUCAUACAGAAGAUUAUGGUUUAUGUGGCUGUUCCGAAGAUCACAGUUGUAACCAUGACUGACUGAGAUAGCAGAGCCAAGGCGGUAAACCAUGUUGUCCAGCAUGCCCAAAUGAAGCCCGCAUUUUAAUUUUAGUCCACUUAGCAAGUAACACUCAUCACUGGAGGCUUCAUAUGGAAUUCUACAAUGAGGGAGAGACCAAAGGACAGGUCCCACCAGUCUUCAUGGACCUGCCAAACACUUUCCCACAGAUAUUUUGUUUCCUUCCUUUUCCAGAGUGGAUUCCCAGCCCUGUCUACAUCUUUAGAUCUUCCCCUUCCCCUCUGAGAUCUGCUUUGCUGGCAUCAACCCUUCGAGAACCCAGAGCUGGUACCAGAGAUGGAGCAUUUCUAAGACUGCUCCACUAUAAAAUUUUCCAUAUCCCAUAUUCAACCAACCACCCCUCCAAAACAAACAAAACACCCCCCAACACAUGCAGCACACUUUUUUAGUACAAACAUCCCAGCAGCAGCACAUAGUUUGCUGUUGCUGAGGGCAACAGGUGCUUUAUUGGAAAGGAGAUGUGGGCAGGGGAUGAGGAAGUUUCCUCUAAUUCAAGAGGAUGGGAACAGUCCUGGCUACCCCUGACAGUGGGAUGUGCAGGGUCUCUGGCCAGACCAAGAUCCAAAUGGGAAGACACUAGUCAGUCACAAAGUCAUGGGAGUGCCACAAAGGCCUGGCUGCAGUCUCAGGAACCAUACUGGCACCUGGGGCAGGUCCCCUGCACAUUCAUCAUGAACUAUACAAGAUGAGGCUGUACAUGAGUUAAUUACAAAAGAGUCAUAUUUACAAAAGUCUGUACACACAUUUGAAAAACUCACAAAAUUGUCAUCUAUGUAUCACAAGUUGCUAGACCAAAAUAUUAAAAAUGAGAUAAAAUUA